CGGGGUCGGGGCCGCGAUGGCGCCGCGGCUGCUGCUGGUGCCGCUCGGGUGCCUCGCGCUGCUGCUGCCGCCGCCCCGCGCCGCCGAGUUCAGCCCCUCUCUCGACAGCGACUUCACCUUCACGCUGCCCGCCGGCCGCAAGGAGUGCUUCUACCAGCCCAUGCGCAGGGACGCCUCGCUGGAGCUCGAGUACCAGGUUCUAGAUGGAGCAGGAUUAGAUGUUGAUUUUCAUCUGCUGUCUCCAAAAGGUGAAACUCUAGUUUUUGAUGAAAGAAAAUCAGAUGGAGUUCAUACGGUGGAAACAGAAGAUGGGGAUUACAUGUUCUGCUUUGACAACACAUUCAGUACCAUUUCUGAAAAGGUAAUUUUCUUUGAACUGAUCCUGGACAAUAUGGGAGAAGAUGGACAAGAUCAGGAAGACUGGAAGAAAUAUGUUACAGGAACAGAUCUCCUAGAUAUGAAAUUGGAAGAUAUUCUGGAAUCCAUCAACAGCGUCAAAGCCAGAUUAAGCAAAAGUGUCCAGAUUCAGACCCUGCUCAGAGCAUUUGAGGCCCGUGACCGCAAUAUACAAGAGAGCAACUUUGACAGAGUGAACUUCUGGUCCAUGGUCAACCUGGGAGUCAUGGUGGUGGUGUCGGCCGUUCAGGUUUACAUGUUGAAAAGUCUUUUUGAAGAUAAGAGGAAAAGUAGAACUUAAUAUUCAGUAUUGAUCAUACCAAUAGUAACAGGUAUAGAGGAGAGGGGGAGCAAUAAACUACAGUAAAAAAAAAAAAAAAGACCCCUUUCAGAUUCUUUUGAACAAACAGUAAAAAUCAGGUUUUUCAAUUCAUCUUGGGCUUUUUGGUUGUGAUGGUGGUGGUCUUGUUUGUGUUUGGGGGUUUUCUGUAGGUUUUUGUGGUGUUUGUUUGUUUGUUUUUUUAAACAUGAACACAAUGCCUCACCCCAUGCUCUCCCAUUUUCCAAAUGCUACUAACAAUAUUUUUUGUACUUGUAUGAUUUGUCAAUGACUGUUAAUGACUACCUUAUGCAUAGCACACCUGGUGCAUUUGCAAAGUAAUGUUAAUACUGACAUUUUUUUCAUUUUCACAUAAAACUUUAGUAACUUAGACAUUGGUUUAUUUGCUGUUAAAUACUGAGUGAAUUUACCUAUGUGCCUAAGUGUUUACAGGAUUGGGGCCCACAGGGAUAGUUUGUAAUUACUGUCAUUUAUCUUCAAAAUUACGUUUUUUAAAAAUCCUCAUCUUUUGUUCUAUGGCAUCAUGGAGAAACACUGGGCUAACAUUGUAAGGACAUGAGAACUCUUUUUAUAUAAAAAUUACAAAUAUCAGCACUUUAAAAAAGCACCAUCAAUGUGAAAUUGAGUCAGUGUUAAAAAGAAUUGGAGAAAAUAGGUACAAUUCCUGUUCAUAAAUCAUUCUGUCCUGUAGUUGCACAACCUUUUUUUUCCUCUUUGGCUGUUAUGUGACACAAGCGACUACAUGCUAUACAAACAAAUACACACACACUUUGAAGUAUGGUUUGCAAAUUCUUCCUUACUGUAAACUUGUGUAAUAGAUAACUUUAAAAAAAGUAAUUUCUCAUGUUUUUCCUUUUAAUAAAGGCAGAGGUCACAGUAUGCCAAAACAUUACAUAAACAUUGAUUUUUAUAGUCUCAAAAUCCCUCUUAUUUGCCAAUAUAUUUUUGUUUGUUCUUGUCUACUACAGCUGUGACUAAUGUAACGAUUAAUAGGGUGACUUACAUAGGCAUAUAAAACCAAAGCUAUUCACCAAAACUUUCCCUUCUUGCUCACCCUCACAAGUCUUUUAGCUGUGUAAGUACACUCUGUUUCUAUAUUUAGCUGUUCAUAUGAAUAAAGCAUGAAUUACAGGGAGCAGCAAGUAUAGGCUUCAAGCUGUAUGAUCAACUGAAUAUGCAGUAUCACUUGACUAAGGCAAAGCUAAUAUCAAAUCAGAAAUUUGUAGUUUUUGGAUGAAGAGACUUUUAACACUGUAGUGAGGUACAGAGUUUCUGCCAAAACCUCUGGUGCAUGAGAAUUAACUUUUUUUAAUAUAUCCAACUUAGUAAUUUUUACAAUGUGCCAAGUCAUUGAAAUUUCUUGUAUAAAUGUGUUAACUACGUUUCAUCACAGGUUUUUUAAAAACUUUCUUAAAAACACUCUUUUAAAAGGUGUUUUAAAAAAAGUGUAUGUAGUCGUGUUGUGCCUGUUGUGGGGCCAUCUAGGUAUGAAUGGCAGAAUUGUAACUUUGGGUCUUUCUGUGAUUAAGAAUUAUUUUAUGGAUAUAAAACAGGGUCAAUAGGUGCAUGAAGAAACAUUUUGUUCAAAUGAAGCAGAUGCUAGCAAGGGCUAUAGAACAUAGAAACAGCACUUCAGUUUCAACUGCAGACAACAGGACCUAGCAAUAAUAUUUCUAAAUAGUUUUUAUAAGCAAAAGUAUUAUUACAGAACUUACAGAGGGCUCCAAAGGCUACUUCAUCUUUCUGCAAAGCUCUGUCCAAAAUAAGACUGUAUGCCUUUAGGGUAUUGCAUAUCUUAUUUCCAUAUGAUGCUUUGUAUUCUAAACUGGAAUUAGAAAGCUUACUUCUGUGAUCAGGACAAAGGCUAGGAAAAAAAAUAAUUCUUUCAGCUAGAGUGGCAAAUAAUGUUUUCCUGCCAUUUCCCUGUCCCUCUCUCAGUACCAGUUAUAACUUGGAGUUAAUUUUGCUUGCAUCACCAUGACUGUGAUGCUACAAACCAUCUGCAAAAUGCUGAACCAGCUCUGGGAAGCUGCAAAUGAGACAUCUACCUCUACUAUCAAAGCUACUAGAUAUAGAUUUCAGCUCAAAACUCCAACAGAUAAGCUCUGCCAAGUUUUCCAAGCACACCUUAAGAGAUUAGGUCCCCCAGCUGCUCUGCUGUGCCUCUCUGACAGUGGUGAAACAGUUUGGUGUGUUAGUUUAACCUGCUAAUGAAUGCAGACUGCUCUGAUCAAAGACACAGGACUGCUGCAGUUCAGUUUCUCCCAUUACAAAAAAACAAUCUCUGGUAGAAGGAAAAUAGCGCAACAAUUGUCAGCAGAGUUCAUCUGGAAGAAGUUAUUGUUUUGCAGCUGAGAGCUCUGACUGUAUUUUCUCCUCAUUCAAAUUCAACUAUAGAAAAUGAAAGAGGGAAUAAUUAGAAAGGUAACUGUGCAUUGACUUUGGCAGCUGGAAUAGGUUUAUCAUAGGUGAAGGAUUUGGCAUGUAAACUUGCAGUUAAGAAACAUUUCAUGUGGAUUCUGAAGAGUACAUUGCUUUUGAUUGUAUAAAAUCUACAAAGGAGAAUAUAAGUCUACAUUUUUUUCUUAAUGGACUUUUUGUUCAGAAUUUAAUGUUUUAAGAAUUGCAGAUGUCGAAUAAUUAUGCAAAACUGAGAUUUUCAAUAAAUCAAGUUUAAACCUGU